AUGUGGGGUGGGUAUGCUCGUUGUCGUAGGAGGAUUACAUCAAAUUUUGGGUACGCUAACCCACUCUCGUUCUCACUGCCCGCGUUUGGCGUGCUGAUGCGCGAGCUGGCUGCUGCUGUUCCACGUGUGGAGACGGAGGCGAAGUGGAUGAAGACGGAGGCGAAGGUGUGA